AUGUUUGCACUCGCCGAACAACCUGAUGACCAAAUGGCGUUUAUACGACCGGAGGAAAUCAUCGAAUACGUCAUUCCAUGGCUACAAAAAGUGGAAAAACAAAUCAAUCGCAAAGGGGAUGAAUUAGACAAAGAGGACGAUGCAAGACCACCUAAGGAGACGAGGCGCGCACGCCAGCCAACAGGGCCUGACGUUGCUAUCACCAUGAGAAUUCCAGAUGCACUUGACGACAAAAUCCAUCUCUACAACGCUAUGCUGCAGCUGGGUCUGCCCAAAUCCGUGCAACUGCCACUCAUUGACGAAAUCGUCAUGCAGAUGUACAAAACCAAGAUCAAUGCGUGUCAACUCGCCACCCUGGAGCAUACUGUCGGGCGCUUUUACUCCAGGGGUGUUGCUGUCCUUGAUCCAGUUCUUUGUCAUUUCAUCGGAACGUAUCCUCGCAGGACCUUGCAAGAUCGCAGAAACGUCAGACCUCCACCUGGAAGCGACACUGAAACAUCAGAUGAUACGAAUAAGCCCGGCGAACAACUGCCAGAAGAAGCGCAGGGUGCUGAUAAUCAAUCGGGAGAAGAAUUACCAGCACCAGCGCCAGAACCAGAGAGCAACUUCGACUUCAAGAACUCGGAAAGAAAGUAUCUCGGUUACCAUGAUCAGCCUGCGGGCCGCGGAAUACCUUAUGAUGAAGACAAGUUCAUUCUUCCCCCUGAGCUGCCUGUCAUCGGUCAUAGUAUAAAGCAUUGGUCUGGAGUCCGCAAGAAGGGCAGCACCGCUGCGGCUCAUAACGGGUUUCCUCUCAACAUUGGAAAAUACAAGAAGUUCAUUCGGAGAAACGCGACGGAUGUGAUCGAUGUAAAUGACUAUUUUGAAGAACAGACAAACCGACUGGCACAUCAGAAGGACUACAAGGACAAGGGUCCGGGUGAGGGUGAUUCAUGA